ACCUAUGUACCCAAGCCCCCAGUCGUACAACCCCCACCGUUUGUCCCCAAACCCCCAGUUGUACAACCUCCACCAUAUGUCCCCAAACCACCACCAUCACCACCUGUUGUACCACCAAGCCCACCAACACCAACACCUACCCCAGUUGUACCACCAAGCCCACCAACACCAACACCUACCCCAGUUGUACCACCAAGCCCACCAACACCAACACCUACCCCAGUUGUACCACCAAGCCCACCAACACCAACACCUACCCCAGUUGUACCACCAAGCCCACCAACACCAACACCUACCCCAGUUGUACCACCAAGCCCACCAACACCAACACCUACCCCAGUUGUACCACCAAGCCCACCAACACCAACACCUACCCCAGUUGUACCACCAAGCCCACCAACACCAACACCUACCCCAGUUGUACCACCAAGCCCACCAACACCAACACCUACCCCAGUUGUACCACCAAGCCCACCAACACCAACACCUACCCCAGUUGUACCACCAAGCCCACCAACACCAACACCUACCCCAGUUGUACCACCAAGCCCACCAACACCAACACCUACCCCAGUUGUACCACCAAGCCCACCAACACCAACACCUACCCCAGUUGUACCAGUUAAGCCUCCUCCACCCACUGAGACACCAUGCCCUCCUCCACCACCACCAGUGCCAACCCCAUCACCACCACCAAAGGACACGUGUCCCAUCGACACUAUCAAGUUGGGAGGUUGUGUGGAUGUGUUGGGUGGCCUCAUUCACAUUGGAAUUGGCAGCAGUGCCAAGGAUGCAUGCUGUCCAGUGCUUCAAGGGCUGGUGGACUUGGAUGCUGCCAUUUGCCUUUGCACCACCAUCAAGCUUAAGCUUCUCAACAUCAACAUCAUCCUCCCCAUCGCUCUUCAGGUUCUGAUUGACUGUGGGAAAACUCCACCCUCUGGAUUCCAGUGCCCUGCAUAGUUGAAGUUGAUCAUCAUCACAGCACAGUCCUAAAUUUCCCAAUUCACUGUGGUUUAAUUAAUUAGCAUAAUAUGUGUCAGCUAAUAAUUAAUAGCAUGUGAAAGCUUGGAAGUAAAAACUACUUCUUGAGGGAUCAAUUUCUGUCGUAAUUUGUUGUUUUGUUUUUGUUUAUCUGAUAGUGUAUCAGAUCGAUAUACGUACUGUGGUAAUAUUAAUUAUUAAGUCAUGUUAAUUUUGAUGAAAUUAAUGUGAAUGUUUUGCUCUAU